AUGGACGGAUUGAUGAUCGAUUCGGAGCGAAUCUACACUAUCGCUACAAAUGAGGCCUUGAAGCUCUCCGGGAAGGACAUCGAGAUGACUUGGGAGAUCAAGGCUGGGUGCAUGGGUCUACGUGAACGAGAUGCAGCUGUACACACGCUCUCCUUCUUCCCAGACAUCUCACUCUCUGUAGAAGACUUCCUCGUAGAGAGGAAUCGCGUCCAAGAUACCCUAUGGCCAACGGUACCUUUCCUCCCGGGAGUCCGAAAACUUGUACACCAUCUCAAGAAGCACAACAUCCCAAUGGCCGUCGCAACAAGUUCUCGUCGUCGGAACUUCGAGCUGAAGACGGCCCAUCUCCAGGAUGUCUUUGGGUGCUUCGACGGAAAGAUCGUAUGUGGUGAUGAUGGGCAGUACAAAAUGCAGGGCAAACCGGCGCCCGAUAUUUUCCUGGUGACGGCGAAGACUUUCUUGGAUCGUGCAGUUGGCUCACCGAACACUGAGCCGUCGGAAGAGGAGAUGCAAAAUCGCGCGAAGGGACUCGUAUUCGAGGACGCGUUAGCUGGCAUGCAAGCUGGGAAGCGUGCAGGCAUGUCGGUCGUCUGGGUUCCGGAUCCGAACCUCCUCAAGCUCGUCCAUCCCGUCGACGAGAAACCUGACCAGAUCCUAUCAUCUAUCGAAGACUUUAAGCCAGAGGACUGGGGUUUGCCGCCCUAUGAUUGUUGA